AUGGCUCAGUCUUCUUCCUCUUCAUCAACAACAACACCAAGAAAUUCGAUAUGGAAAAAGACAGCAUGUUCAAUUAAUUUCAACGUAAAUAUAACAAGAAGGACAUUAAGUGAAAGUGAUGAAUUAACAACAACAGAAACGACAUCUUCUCAUAAUAAUCAACCACCAAGAAAACGGCAGUUGAGUGAUAGUAACGAACAAACUAAUGUUAAAGUUGUCAAAAUAAAUAACGACUGGUCCAGACCAAUUUCAGUAUCAAAAUGUCCAAACGAAACAGAUGAUUCACUGUCAACAUUCACACGUCCAACAUCGUUGUUUCUCUGGGAUACUAAACAUCCAUUACAAUUACGUACAAGUGUUAGUCAUCCAUCCGAUAAUCGUUGUGAGAUUAAUGAUGAAAUAAAUUUGAAAUUCUCCCCAUGUACAUCAUUACCAGAACUAUCAUCUCCUGUACAACAACAAAAACGCCACCGUCCGCGUACAUUAUUAGUAACAAAUCCAGCAUUAUCAUCUUCAUGUGAAACGUCGUUAGUACCAUUAAUCAAUAUCGUACAGGAUAAAAUUGGACUAUUAACAUGUGAACAAUUGGCACUUUAUGUUGAAUCAUCAACAGAUGAGCGUUACUUAAUAUUAGAUUGUGGUUCACCAUUUCGUUUCCACGAAAAACAUAUAAAGAAUUCUCAAUUAAUGUAUGUUAGUGAUAAAAUAACUCGAAAACGUUUCGCUACACGUGGUAUACAAAGCUUUGUAAAUACGAAAUUACUUGAUAAGUGUGAAUUAAUUAUUCUAUAUGAUGAUACUUUGCAGAAAUCUCAUAUAAUACCAAACUCUUGUCCAGUUAUUAGCGAUGAAAAAUGUUUAUCAUUUUCAUCGUCAUUUUUCUCUCCCACCAUAACUUUAUCAACAGCCAAUGACGAUAAUUUAACUACUAUAAAAAAUAUAGAAAUUUCACUUCAUAGAUUAACACCUUCACUUAAAUGUGUCUGUGAAGAAAUAAAACGUUAUAAUUAUAAUAAAAAAAUUUAUAUUUUAAAUCCAUCAUUUAGUCAGUUUUAUGAACAAUAUAAACAUUUAUGUGAAUGUUCACCUCGUCAACAAAAACCACGUUCAUGUCCAUCAUCACCCGUACACAAUAGUUAUUGUGAAUCUGUUCCAUUAACAGCGCCAUUAUCAAUUACUCCAGUCUCACCAACACAAAAAGAUUAUGAAAAUUUUCCCAUGACAGAAAUUGUAAAUGGUUUAUAUAUUGGAAGUAAACAAGAUGCUCAAAAUAUUCAGCGGUUAGAAAAUGAACAAAUUACUCAUAUUAUCAAUGUCACUCAACAUUUACCCUGUUAUUGGAAAAAUUCAUCAGAUUUAAUUUAUUAUCAUUUACCAGCAGAUGAUUCAAAUAAACAAAAUUUAAUCGAUUAUUUUGAUAAAGUAUAUAAUUUUAUUUUGGACGCAAUUGAAAAUAAUAAAAAAGUUUUAGUUCAUUGUCAGGCGGGUAUAUCACGUUCUCCAGCAAUCGUUAUAGGAUUUCUAAUGAAAUAUUCUAAUAUGAGUAUGAACGAUGCCUAUGAUUUAGUUAAACGAAAACGUUCAAUUGUAUCGCCGAACUUUGGAUUUCUUGGUCAACUACUCGAAUAUGAAAAGAAAUUGAAACAAUAUCAAACUUCACCGAUUAUAGAGAAAUAA